CCACCUCCCCGAGGAAACCACCACCACCACGCCCUCGCCAUGGACGCCACCACCCUCACCAGCUCCACCCAGGACUACCUCCUCUUCCUCUUCCCUGCCGCCACCACCUACCUCUCCCCGCUCCUCGCCGUCCUCCUCCUCGCCACCUCGCUGGUCUGGCUCUUCCCCGGCGGCCCCGCGUGGGCGGCGGUCGCCGUCUCCCGGCGCCGCGCCAGCACCGCCACGCCGCCGCCGCCGGGGGCGCCGGGCGUGGUCACCGCGCUCGCGGGCCCCACCGCGCACCGCGCGCUCGCGUCCCUGUCUCGGUCCCUGCCCGGCGGCGCCGCGCUGUCGGCGUUCUCCGUCGGCCUAACGCGCCUCGUCGUGGCCAGCCGCCCCGACACGGCGCGGGAGCUCCUGUCCAGCGCCGCCUUCGCCGACCGCCCCGUCAAGGACGCGGCACGGGAGCUCCUCUUCCACCGCGCCAUGGGCUUCGCCCCCUCCGGCGACUACUGGCGCGCGCUCCGGCGCAUCAGUUCCGCCUACCUCUUCAGCCCGCGCAGCGUCGCCGCCUCGGCCCCGCGCCGCGCCGCCAUCGGCGAGGGCAUGCUCCGGCGCAUCUCCGGCGGUGGCGGCGAGGCCGUGGCCAUGCGGCGCGUGCUCCACGCGGCCUCCCUGGACCACGUCAUGGCCACCGUGUUCGGUUCCUGCUACGAUCCCGAGAGCCCGGAGGGCGUCGAGCUGGAGGAGAUGGUGAAGGAAGGGUACCACCUGCUCGGCGUGUUCAACUGGGGCGACCACCUGCCGCUGCUCAGUUGGCUGGACGUGCAGGGCGUGAGGAGGAGGUGCAGGACCCUGGUGGGCAGGGUGAACGUGUUCGUGGCAAGGAUCAUCGAAGAGCACAGGCAGAGGAAGAAGAGCGGCGACAAUGGCGAGCCGGCCGCCGCCGGAGAUUUCGUGGACGUCCUGCUGGGGUUGGAGGGCGAGGAGAAGCUGUCGGACUCCGACAUGAUCGCUGUUCUCUGGGAGAUGAUCUUCCGAGGGACGGACACGGUGGCGAUCCUGCUGGAGUGGGUGAUGGCGCGGAUGGUGCUGCACCGGGACAUCCAGUCGAAGGCGCAGGCGGAGCUGGACGCCGUCGUUGGCCGCGGCGGCGCCGCCAUGUCGGACGCCGACGUGGCCCGGCUGCCCUACCUCCAGCGCGUCGUGAAGGAGACGCUCCGCGUGCACCCGCCGGGCCCGCUGCUGUCGUGGGCGCGCCUCGCCGUGCACGACGCGGUGGUCGGCGGCCACCUGGUCCCCGCGGGCACCACGGCCAUGGUGAACAUGUGGGCCAUCGCGCGCGACCCGGCGGUGUGGCCGGAGCCCGAGGCGUUCCGGCCCGAGCGGUUCGAGGAGGAGGACGUGAGCGUGAUGGGCGGGGACCUGCGGCUCGCGCCGUUCGGGGCCGGGCGGCGCGUGUGCCCCGGCAAGGCGAUGGCACUCGCCACCGUCCACCUGUGGCUCGCGCAGCUGCUGCACCGCUUCGAGUGGGCGCCAGCGGACGGCGGCGGCGUGGACUUGUCGGAGCGCCUGGGCAUGUCGCUGGAGAUGGAGAAGCCACUCGUGUGCAAGGCCACCCCGAGGUGGUGAGAACGAAGCACAAGAGCGCAUGGCGUGGCGCGCAGGAUGAGUAGCGCCGUUUGAUUGCCUUUGUGGAUCCAGAGAAUGUGUUUAAUUUGGGAUCGAUUCGAGUUUAAGUAGCUACGUAUAAUCAGCGAAUGUGUUUAUAUUCAUGUACUAGAUGUGAGUGUCUAGGAUGUGAAAUCAUGUUUGAAUGUUUUUA